UCUGACGACGUCAUUUUCAGACGACGGGAAAAUGGCGGCGUUUGCUGGCGAGCGAUGGAGAAGCGAGCUACCAAGUCAUUAUAUAUUUUUUAAAUUACGAGAGAAACUUGAUUUGGAACCCAAAGCGAAUUGCAGGAAAACUGCAAAGAAUCUGACAUUUUGCCUCAAUGGUGACAUAUUCGUGUGGAACGACGCAGACAGUGUUUUUUACACGACCAACCUGAGGCAGCUGAAUUCGGAGGACAGCAUUGAGAGUGUGAAAUAUCAGACUCUGUUGUGCAUCAAUCCACCACGGUUUGAAGUGUGCCAGGUGUUGCUGAGCCCGACACAGUACCAUGUUGCACUCAUUGGACAACGGGGUGUCACCGUUCUAGAAUUACCACAGCGGUGGGGCAAGAGGUCCGAGUUUGAAGGAGGACGGAGUGAAGUUAACUGCAAGACUAUUCCUGUGGCUGAGCGUUUCUUCACCAGCUCAGCCUCCGUGACCCUGCGGCAGGCCGCCUGGUUCCCCAGUGAGACAGAGGAGCCCCACCUAGUGCUACUGACCUCUGACAACACCAUCAGGUUCUACGGGUUGAAAGAGCCUCAGACUCCAGCUAGAGCACUAUCAGUUUCCCAGUCAGAGGAGGACAGCAGUGUACACACUCGUGGGCGCUCCUAUGCAGCCUCUCUGGGCGAGAUCGCUGUGGCUUUUGACUUUGGGCCAGUGGCCGGCGCCCCUCAACAGCUCACAGGCCAGCGGUCCAAGGAGGAUGUGCUGGUGUACCCCCUCUACAUCCUCUACGAGAACGGAGAGACCUAUCUGAGUUACACCAGCCUCGCACACAGUUUGGGAAGCCUCAGUAAGCCCAUUGGGCCCUUACCCAUGUACCCCGCGGCGGAGGAUAACUAUGGUUAUGACGCCUGUGCCGUGCUCUGCCUGCCCUGUGUUCCCAAUAUCCUGGUCAUCGCCACAGAAACAGGCACACUGUACCAUUGUGUGGUGCUGGAAGCAGAGGAGGAAGAGGAGACUGGAGCAGUGGAGCGGUGGUUGCGGGGCUCGGAGGCAGUGCCCUCUCUCUACGUGUUUGAGUGUGUGGAGCUGGAGCUCACCCUCAAACUGCCUGCAGGGGAGGAGGAAGAGCCUGUGGAGUCUGACUUCACUUGCCCAAUCCGACUGCACAGAGACCCCCUGUGCCAGCACAGAUACCACUGCACACAUGAGGCAGGAGUGCACAGUGUAGGCCUCACUUGGUUCAACAAACUACACAAGUUCCUCCAGUCAGAUGAGGACAAGGAUAGUCUCCAGGAGCUGGCUGCUGAGCACCGCUGCAUCGUAGAGCACAUUCUCUGUACCAGGCCUCUAAGUAGCAGCUUGUCAGCUCCAGUACGGGGCUUCUUGAUCGUGUCAGACCUGUCUUUGGGUGCAACCAUGAUCUGCAUUACCAGCACCUAUGAGUGUCUACUACUGCCUCUCCUGAGUUCCAUUCGGCCUCCCUCUCCUCCCCUGCUGUGUUCCCACCCGGGGGUAGGCUCAGCUAGCUCUCCUCUGCGUGGAUUGCAUGACGACUCCUUUGAGCAGCACAUCCGCAACAUCCUGGCCCGGAGCUCCACCAACCCUCUCAUGCUCAGGGCAGGGGACAAGGACACAUCGUCUCCUCCUCCAGAGUGUCUCCAGCUGCUGAGCAGAGCCACCCAGGUUUUCAGGGAGGAGUACAUCCUCAAACAGGACAUUGCCCGUGAGGAGAUGCAAAGAAGGGUGAAACUGCUGACCGGACAGAAGAACAAGCAGCUGGAGGACCUAGCCCUGUGCCGAGAGGAAAGGAAAAGUUUGCGAGAGUCUGCAGAGCUUCUGGCUGAUAAGUACGAGGAUGCCAAGUAUCGCCAGGAAGCCACCAUGAACAGGGUGAAGCAGGUUCUGGGCAGUCUGCGCAGUCAGCUGCCCGUUCUGUCUGACAGCGAGAAGGACAUGAAGAAAGAGCUGCAGACCAUCAACGACCAGCUGCGUCACCUGGGCAAUGGCAUUAAACAAGUAAAUAUGAAGAAGGAGUACCAGAAGAAACAGAUGGACAAAGGGCUGUCUCCAGCCAGAGCUACUGUCGCCCUCAACCCCCACCAGAGGAAGUGUGUCCAGGGAGUGAUAAAGGAACAGGGAGAGCACAUAGGAGAAAUGAUGAAACAGAUCAAGGACAUCAAGAACCAUUUCAGUGUCUGAGCUGUUAACGGAGCCAUCUUUCAUCCACAGCUGUACCACUGCUUUCCAAACAACCAAAAUAAUAAUAAUGAAGCGCUAUUGUGAAUAUUCAGUCAAUGCUUGCUAAAAUAGUCUGUCUUAUAAGGCUAGUCAUUGUGUCUGCCAGUCACAUUUUUGGAACCAGUAGUUGAAAUGAGAAAAUCCCCAAGGUUUUAUACACUAUGUAUGUUUGUCUAUCUGGAGAAUAAAAUUUGUGUACAGUACUGCCUAUUUUAACUGCAUGAACAGUUAGCUCUGCAUAUGGGCCUUGGUGGAGAUGUUCUUCAGUGUCACCAUUAGACAAUGGAUCCUUAUCUCAGUUAAUCUCCUAUCGUGUGAUUUACUCCUCCGUCAGUGUGACAUGAACCAUGCAUCGCCAUACCUUUUUGAUGCAUAGGUUAGACCAGCUAAAUCUAUUCAUGGUCUUAAAACAAAGGGAGAUUCAAUCCGCUCUAUGGCACGAUUUGAAUUUAAAAGCAAUGAUUCUGCAUUCACAGUAAAUGCUGCAUAUGUCGGGUCAAUGGGAAAUUACCUUUUUUUAAAUUUAAAUUGCGCUAUGAUCUUCAAGGUCAAGAUUGAAUCUAGCCCUAAUACUCGUUUUCCAUAGCAUACCCAUCUUCGACCCUUGGGUGGAUGAGCUUUCUGCCCAAGAUGCAUUUCCCAUUUAUUUUAGUAUCUGAAAUGCCAUUUGUUAAGAGCCUUUGAGGAUUGCCCUCCAUCGAAGAAUUGUUUUUUAGGGAUAGUCACGCAUACCAUAAAGUACAAUUUGAUUAAUUAGAUAAUACAGAAAUACACAGUACUGUAUUGACUUUUGUGAGGGGGGCCUAGCAGAAGCAUGCAGAGAACUCAGGAUUUAGUUUAGAUUCCUCACAAUAUUACUGUUCUGCAGGCAACAUUACACCACAGUGAAAUCCUAAAAUGAAAGCCAUGGCCUUGUUUAUGGCCAGCCCAAAUUAAGGGGUUGUUUGAGACAAUUACACACAGUAGCACUAUCCAAGGGAAAGGUAGGCGAGUUAUUCUAUAAAAAUGAUAGAACCCCAACGUCUUUUGUUAAGUCCGACUGUUAAGAAUUCAAUGCUUUACAAAUAAAUGUGCUGUGAGCAUGUGGUAGUGAAGGAGUUAAGAAUACAUGGCUUAGACACUUUAAAGUCUACACCUGUUGUAUCCGGCGCAUGUGACCAAUACAAUGUCUUUAUAUGAAUCAACCCUUUUCUCUGUAAUUUGGUUCAAUUUCUACUGUCAUUACCAAAUGGGGAACAUUGUCAUGAACACACCAACCCAAAGCAAGAGGUCUCUUGAUGGAUAUCCAACACACGCACAGUAUAGAAGUCCUACUGUGCCAGAUCAAACUUUCAGGGAGUGAAGUGAAUUUAAAAAAUAUUACACAAUCCCUUUUUUUGUGUUUUUUUUGCAAGCAAUAAACAUUUAUCUUUCA